CUGUCAGGUUUGCUACUGGGAACUCAGCAGUUCAAGGUACAAAAAAUAAAGUGAAGUGGAGUAAACCUGUGCCUUUUGUUAUCGUUGGUUAGUAUUUUAAAAUUGUCAAUAUUGUGACAAUGCGCAGUUGAAAAUAAUAAAUAGAUUCAAAUAUACAAACACAAGGAAUUUAAUUUUAUCAUCAUUCUAAAAUAUAUAAAUAGAAGAAAAUAUACAUACGCAGAGGUUAAGAUUGUUCUAUAUAUCCCAUUAUAUUUACUUAUCAUUGUCAAUGUCAUCAAUGAAAACUCUAUUAAUUAAUACAUAUCACUGUUGAUUUUCUUCUGACAGCUCAACUGUCAUUUGCGAAACCGGGAAAUUUUAUAAAAUUUUAUAAGAAAUUUAUUGUGAAAAUGAAUGUUUCAAAUUCUGUGGAUAAUUUUCCAUUGCCCAUCAAAGAUAUGCCCGAGUCCUGGUUCAAAGAUGAGCAAAUGAAUGCGAUGUUCGCAGAAUUUCGGAGUCGUUCCGUAAAUCCCCAAGAUUGGGAUUCUAAAUAUAAAUUUUGGCAAGAAUUAAUUUCAAAAUGGCUGAGCUUUAAUAACAAAUGCAGUUUCACAAUUACUGAUCUUAAAUCGAUAUUUAAAAGAAAAGGAUGUACGCCUCUGUGUUUAAAAACUGUUCUUGAAGAAUUACACAGAAAUCGGGAAAUCGUCACGGAAGAUGAAUUUUUGUAUGACCAAAAUUCUUGGACCUCUUGGCUAGUCGACACCGUUGUUAAGAAACCAGUAGUUUGGUCUUUUUCAAAACUAAAAAAUUAUUUUGUCACGAGUGUUCCUCUUAAUUCAAAUGUUCGGUAUAUUCAUUUGAAAACAGUCAAAGAAUUAGCAGAUACGAUACUUGGUUUGUCAGCAAAUGAAAAUCCAACGAUUUUGUCAGUUCAGCAAAUAACGGAAAAAUGUAAAGUAAUUUGUGAUAACAAAAGUUUGUCUGAAGAAAAUGUCAAAUUGGCUUUACUCUGGAUUGGAAGAUAUAAAAGUAGUCAAUUGAGUAUUCAAUCUAAUCAUGUGUUGGAUUGUCUUCUAAAAAUAACGCCGACUGGCAUCAGUAAUUUAAGUGAAGUAGAGGAGGGUUUGUAUAAAAUAAAAGAAAGUGAGAAAAUUAUUUUAAAAAGGAUAGAGGAAUUAGAAAUCGAACGUAAUGAAAAUUUAACGAAGGUAAAGUCUUACAUAAACAGUGGACUUAGAGAGGUGGCGAAAACUUACUUGAGAAGAAAACAUGAACUUGAUAAGAGAAUAGAAAAACAUUCUGUUACGCUACAGAAUCUACAGAGUUUGAAAUUAAAUAUUUCUGAUGCGCACUCUAAUUCAGAAGUUCUACAUGCUUAUAAAAAAGGCAAUGAGAUUCUGAAAAACUGCGAAAAUACUGGAUUAUCUGCGACGAAUGUUCAAGAUACAAUGGAUGAUAUGCAUGAGAUAAUUGAAGAAUUGAAUGACAUACAGAAAGUACUGUCGGAACCUGUAAAAAUUGAUGAAUCAGAUCAGGAUCUGGAGGAAGAAUUAAAAGAAUUAAUGACUUCUGAUUCUUAUCUGCCUUCAGUACCUAAUUCUGAAAUCUCUGAUCUUGAGGAAAGGUUAUCGGAUUUGCGUUUUCCAGAAUAUCCCGUGCCUCCACAAUCAAAAGUUUCACCCACGAGCCACAGUGUCAAGACUUUAUUGUGAAUUAAUUGUUUUCUUCG